AGCUGCUCGGUUUCCGUAGUGACGGCGAGCGCAGACGGUGCGACUUCGGCCACAGCAGCAAAACAACAUGGACAUUUUCGUGAUUUCUCCCGGUUUUCGGUUCAUUAAUGUCACGGUGGAGCAGGAGUCCACUGUCGGGGACCUGGUGGACCUGCUCGGCUGUAAAGAAGGUAUCCCGUCUUCGGACUGCUAUGUGAAGAACAACGGACGGAUAUCGGACCAUGAACACAAACUCCAGGCUGGAGCUGUGUAUCAUCUGGAGCCUCGGCUUUGUGGCGGCAAAGGGGGCUUUGGCUCCAUGCUGAGGGCGCUUGGGGCACAGAUUGAAAAAACCACCAACCGUGAGGCCUGUAGGGAUCUGAGUGGCCGGAGACUUCGAGAUGUCAACCAUGAAAAAGAGAUGGCUGAGUGGUUAAAGAAGCAGGCAGAGCGUGAAGCAGAGAAGGAGCAGCGGCGUUUGGAGCGGAUUCAGAGGAAACUGGCCGAACCCAAGCACUAUUUCACAGAUACAGACUACGAACAGCAGUGCCAUGACCUCUCUGAGAGACUGGAGGACUCUGUACUGAAAGGUAUGCAGGCAUCAUCUUGUGGCCUGGUGCAAGCAGAUGAAGGACCGAGUCGCAAACGUCCAGCCACGAAAAACGAACACGGAAGUACAAAGAAGAAAUGCUUUUGGACUGGUGUUGAUGGUCUGGACGACAUGGACAGUUCAGGUGCGGACAGCGAUGAAGGUGAAGCUGUGGCAUCUUCCUCCACUUCAGUCUUUGCUUCCGUUUCUGGGGCUUCCUGCAGCUCUCAGCAAACUGUAGUGCCAACAGCCACCAGCAGGGGGAGCGGGAAGCCUGAGGCUCAGGAGCAGCCCAGUACCAGCAGCAGCAGUUCCAGCAGUAGCCCAGCAAGUUGCUCCCCAACCCCAGAGAGAGCGGGAGAAGAGGAGGCAGGGACAGAGCGUGUGGCAGAGGAGGAGGAGGCAGGGACAGAGCGGGUGGCAGAGGAGGAGGAGGCAGGGACAGAGCGUGUGGCAGAGGAGGAGGAGGCGCAGAACAGCAGCGAUGGACAGGAAACUGAGAAGGCUGUUCUCCCAAAGACGGAGGACGUGGGAACGAAGCACAGCUGCCCAUCUGACAGUACAGAUACACAGACGGCUCAGCCAGCGCAGUCAGAGGGUCCGUUGGAUCUGCUCUCUGUGAACGGUGUGGAGGAUCUGGAGGCGCUGGGUUUGGAGCGGCUGAAGGCUGAACUGAUGCAGCGAGGGAUGAAGUGUGGGGGAACUCUGCAGGAGCGUGCCGCGCGCCUCUUCUCCGUCCGAGGCCUGAGCCCAGCGCAGAUCGAUCCCGCGCUCCUAGCCAAGCCCAGCAAGGGCAAGAAGAAGUAGCCAGCAUGGACACACAUCCUUUAGCUUCUGGUUUUUUUAAUGCUUUAUUUCCUUUAAACUGUAAAGGCCUUUCACAUAAGAUGAGAUAUACGGAUCAUACGUGAAGGAGCCUUGCUGUGGAAAUCAUUUAAUAGCUGGUCAGUCUUGAUCGGCACAAUAGUCACAUGUUUUAUAGAGGCAUUCUGUGCUGCAGAGGCGAAGCAGGAAUGAGCCCACUGUUUGUAAAACCCCCACAUCCCAAAGAGAAUCUUCCUAAAAUGGAUCAGUGUAAAUUAUUUUUCUGUAUCCUGCCUUUCGCCCAAAGACUGCUGGGAUAGGCUCCAGCUCCCCCCGCGACCCUGACGGAGAAGCGGCUUAGAAAAUGGAUGGAUGGAUGGAUGAUUUAUUUACGUCUGAUGUACGUUUGAUUUAGUAAAGUACUCUUUCACAGUU